GAUCCAAACCACGCACGUAGUGUAGUGACCUUCACACAGUGCCAUACUACACCUGACGGCUGUUAAAGGAUUUUACGACACCAGCUUUCGUUACGUGGUCGAUUCUGUCCGGCAUCAGCCGGAAGUUCGCGAGUCUCGCGUCACCCAACGUGUUAAGUCACUUAACAACUCGAAAGGCAAGUGGGUCAGUACUCAGUAAGCGUCCAGUGGGCAGCCCCGUACGUAUUUAGAAAUGGAGGUUUGCGUAGACAACGUGGAAUCGGCAGUGAAUGCAGCUGCUGGAGGCGCAUCACGUCUAGAACUGUGCAGUGCACUAAGUGAAGGAGGGCUGACACCAACAAAAGGCUUAUUGACGAUCAUAAAAAGACUGGUCUCAAUUCCAGUGUUUGUUAUGCUGAGGCCAAGAAAAGGUUCAGAUUUUGUUUUCUCCGCCGACGAACUGGAGGCAAUAUAUACGGAUGCAUUAGUGUUAAGAGAAGCAGGCGCAGAUGGUUUCGUGUUCGGUGCUCUUACCCAUGGAGGCGACGUUGAUAUAGCAGCGUGUAGGCGUGUACUUGAAAUUGCGUCCGAUAAACCCGUGACCUUCCACAGAGCAUUUGAUGUAACAUGCGAGCCAUAUGGGGCGCUGGAAACGAUCAUAGACCUUGGCUUCUCGAGAUUGCUAACAAGCGGCCAAGCAUCAUCAGCAGAAAAAGGAUUGGAACUUAUUAAGGAACUUAUACUAAGAGCAAGAAACAGAAUUAUUGUCAUGCCAGGAGCAGGAAUAACAAUAAAAAAUUUGCCAGUAAUACUAAAUGAAACCAAAGCGAGAGAAUUUCAUGGCUCUGCACGCAUUCCGAAACAAUUAGUUUUGAGAAAAAUUAAUUGUUCAAUGGCGUCUGAUGAUGAUUCUCCGAUGCUUGUUACAAGUACUGAUGUGGUCAGAGAAAUGGUUACCAUAUUUUCAUCAUAUGCAUCAACAUAAAUAGUACUUCCCUGCUGUCUGGUAAAAUUAAAAUCUUUUAGCUUACGUUCUUCAUCUUCCCUGCUGUUCAAACUGUUGCUUUUGGCAAAAGGAAAUAAUUUCAAGCACUAUUCACGCAACCUAAAUGAUUAGAUGUUAUGUCUCUGAUAAAAAUUUUCUUUGUGCUAUAACCAGAUUAAUUUUAAAAGACAUUAAGAUCGAAAUUAUGUAAGAGAUCCGACUCACAACUUACCAAAUUACACAGUACCUAAGAUUUUAAAUGAAUACUUCCAGUAGUUUGUGUAUAUCAAAAAACCAAGCUGUAUUUGAUAUCUGUAUAGAACAAUAGACGUGCCUGACCAUGUAAGUCAUUACAUGACUGGUUCUCAUGUCAAAACUGUGUGGGUAUAUUACCCCUGUAAGGUUCGCUUAAUGGAAUUACUCUACAUUCCUUUUGUGGAGUAUACAAUAUGCUGAUUACGUCAGACAAGUUAAAAACUGUGUGCUUUUAUGAAACUCACAGUCGUGAUACUCGACGAAACUGCUUGAAGUGAUUGAGAAGCCUGUGUUAUGUCAAAGCUUUGGCCUGGGUUUCAUGCUACUUUAGUGCACUGCCUGUGAAAGGCAGAUAUCUUGUCGUGUAUAACACAGUUUUCUACUUGUCAUAUACUAUCCAUGUUCAUUAUUCACAACAGUAUAUCAAAGGUAACUGCACUAUUUGCCUAUGCUGUCUCUCCAAAUAUCACAGGGUAAAGUUUAAUUCUGAAAUUUUUACAAGUAAACUAAUUAUGUACUUGUAUAUUGUUUUUCUGGUGGUGGGCAUGUUUUUAAUAUUUGUGCCAUUAUAAAGAAAUGUAUUUUAUUUAAAUGUGUUUCAUUGUUAGACCAUAGAUGACAGAAUGACAAGAUAAUUGUUAAACUAGUUUGCAAGAAAAGAACUAAUUGCAGUUAAAGUGAAAUUUUGAAUGAUGAGCACUCUGCGGCUAGGUGAUGAAUUAAUUACCCUUAUUUACCACUCUCCCCACUUAUUUCAGAUUCAUUCUUAAGUAAAGCUUCCGUAGUCUGAAGUUUACGUUUCACAGUGCUCAUUUGUCUCUCUGUGUACAGUCAUUUCAACGUACAGUGGAUAUCGUGUUUUUAGAUAUUAAUUUACAUAUAUUAUGUUGAUCACAUGUUGUUUAUGGUCACAAAUUGAUAACAUAGAUAACAAAGUGCAGCACAAGUAAAA